GUCAAACUGUUUCGUCGUCGGUCCAGUCAACAAUUCAACAUUGCUUGUUUUUAAGUUUUGUGCAGUAGUUUAAUUCUUCGCGACAUUCUUAAAUGAAUCUCCCUGCUGCAGCGGUCAAAUAUGAUUGAUUUGGUUUAAAAUCUGUGUUUAAUAUGUACAAUCACUCAGUUCUAGACCAGUUUAUUACCUAUCUUUGUGUGAAUAACAGCAGAAUGGAUUGCACUGAUGUGUGAACCAGUGAACAGAUGACUUACAUCCAUAUGUUUCAAUUCUCCAGGCAUGUUUUCUCCGAGUUUAUCAAUAUAAACGGUGUUACGACUUGGUCGAGGGUGAUUUUAAUGCAAGGAAGAAAAUUAGAAAAAAUAUUCAGAUGAAUAAAAAUGUCAACAGAAGGAAGUGGCGAGACCCCCUCCGUAGUGCCAAGUUUGCCCGGGGCUCCGGAGCAGACGUACUUAUUUCCAAAGACAAAGGGACACUCAAGAUCGGUCAGUCAUGGGGGGACACCGAUGCUGGCUGGGAAUCCGGCGGCGGUGCGCCCUCUCAAGUCUGCUUUGCGAGGGCACCAGCGCGCGCUGUCGCACGGCCAAAUCGUGGAAGGCGCGCGUUCGGCCUCAGGUCAAGGACACAGCCGCACCGGUAGUCGCACUGACUUCAUUCUCCCGCCCGGACACCGUGAUCCAGCACCUGCCAGCACCCAACCUCGCAUGAGCUCGGUGCGGGCACAUCAUUCUCGUCAAGCCUCCCGUUCUGACUCCAUUUAUACAAUACGGCGGAACUCUUCAGUGGGAGUGUGGCAUCGCACAUUGACCUGGUUUCUAAGGCGGCAACCCACCUCUGUUGAUAACCGAUUGCUCAUUGUGACUCCCAACCAUUUAGUGCCUGAAAAAACUCCUCCAAAGGAACAUCCAAAUGGACAACGAUGUGACAACAAAAUUAGGACUACAAAAUACACAUUUCUGUCAUUUUUACCAAAGAACUUGUUCGAGCAGUUUCACCGGAUUGCCAAUGUGUACUUCAUUUUCAUAGUGUUAUUAAACUGGGUGCCUCAAAUCAGUGCAUUUGGCAAGGAAAUUUCCAUGAUGCCAGUGUUGUUUGUGCUCACGGUCACCGCCAUCAAGGAUCUGUUUGAGGACCGCAGAAGGCAUCUCUCUGACAAGAGGAUCAACAACUCCUUCUGUAGAGUAUAUAAAAAAUCAAUAGAAAGAUAUAUGAAAGUGAAAUGGCGGGACGUGCGCGUGGGGGACAUCAUCCACCUGUCCAACAACGAGGCCGUGCCGGCCGACAUGGUGCUACUGCACACCUCCAACCCCAUGGGCGUGUGCUACCUGGACACGUGCAACCUGGACGGGGAGACCAACCUCAAGCAAAGGCUAGUCGUGCCCGCCCUCAAGCGAUAUCACAAUCAGUUCAAUCCCACAAAAUUCAUCAGUAUAAUCGAAGUUGACCGGCCAUCGACGAAAAUUUAUAGAUUUUCGGGUACGAUAUCGAAUCCGAACGGGACUCGAAUACCGCUCGACUCAGAUAAUUUACUUUUAAGAGAGUGCACCAUCAAGAAUACAGAUUUUGUGGAAGGCAUAGUCGUGUACGCGGGCCACGAAACAAAAGCGAUGCUCAACAACGGAGGGCCCCGAUACAAAUGUUCUACCCUUGAAAGAAAGAUGAACACAGACGUGAUUUGGUGCAUCUUAGUAUUACUGUUCCUGUGUUGCGCCGGCGCCGUCGGCUGCAAGCUAUGGCUAGACCAGUACUAUAAGCAGAGCGACGCGAAGAGCUACGAGAAUAUACCUUUCUUGCCCACUUCUGACAAGCCUGCGUACGAGGGCUUGCUUAUAUUUUGGACUUACAUAAUAAUACUCCAAGUGAUGAUACCCGUGUCCUUAUAUGUUACUAUAGAGAUGGCGAAGCUUGUCCAGGUGUACCAUAUCCACCAAGAUGUCGAGAUGUACGACCCGACCACGAACAGGCGGGUAGAAUGUCGAGCGUUGAACAUUACGGAAGAGUUGGGGCAGAUUCAGUACUUGUUCAGUGACAAGACGGGAACGUUGACUGAAAAUAAGAUGGUGUUCAGGAGGUGUUGUGUGGGCGGCGUGGACUAUGACCACCCACCGGGUCCGCCUGCGGAACCUUCUUCCAGCCUGCCACCUAUUGUUCAUCCCGUAACUAAAGUAUCACCGAAUUCGAGAAUGGUUCAGCACUUAGCAGACAGUAAUGAUGCUCAACAUACACAAAAUGUUCGCGAAUUCAUGCUGGUCCUCGCAACGUGCAACACGGUGAUGGUGAACCAGCCGCAUUUCGACCCCACCGUAGUCAACUCAUGCCACUCCACCCGCUCGGGAGAAGAGUUGUUCAUGGACAGGCAUAAAGCGAACGGGACCUCGCGCACCACCUCCAACGACAAAUAUUCACGCUUGGCGGAGUCGCGGUCGACGACCCCGUCGCCGCCGCCGACCUCGGUGUCGCCGCUCCGUAUUCGCUUGCCGCGCCUGCGCCGCGACCGCGACGACGCCAGCUGCAGCACCGACAACGACAUGCAGGUCAUACGGUACGAAGCCGAGAGCCCGGACGAACUGGCGCUGGCCGAGGCGGCGCUCGCGUACGGCUACGAGCUUCGUUCGCGAACGCCCGACGAAGUGGAAGUGGCCGUGCGCGGCGAACUCACGCGGUUCAAAGUGCUGCGAGUGCAACAGUUCGAUGCCAAUAGGAAGUGCAUGUCUGUGGCUAUGCGGAUUAACGAUCAGGUGGUGAUAUUCGUGAAAGGGGCAGACUCGACAGUGCUGAGCGCACUGGCGCCGAUGCGCGCGGGGUCGGCGGAGGCGGCCGCUCUAGAGAGGACCCGGUCGCUGAUCACGGAGUACUCGCGCGCGGGCCUGCGUUCGCUGGUCAUGGCCAAGCGCGCCAUGCCCCCCGCCUUGUGGGAGGAGUGGCUCGCCUCGCACAACCGCGCCAUGGACAUCUCUGAAGGUCGUGAAAAGCGUAUCCGGGAAUCGUUAGGUCGUCUUGAGAGUGGUUUGACACUGAUUGGUGCGACGGGGGUCGAAGACAAGCUGCAGGAGGCCGUGCCCCGCACUAUACGCGCGUUGUUGGACGCCGGGAUCGUGGUCUGGGUGCUCACUGGAGACAAGCCCGAGACGGCGAUCAAUAUCGCGUAUUCCGCUGCGCUGUUCUCGCAGAAUGAUCGGUUGCUGCAUCUCAUGUCUAGGAAUAAGGAGCACGCGGAGUCAACAAUCAAGAGUUAUUUGGAAGCGAACGUGAGCGAGAUGUUGGCUGGGCGGGCGCUGGUGGUGGACGGUCGCACCCUCACCUACAUCCUGGACCGGCGCUCCGGCUUGGUGGCGCCCUUCCUGUCUCUGGCGCGACGCUGCUCCGCCGUGCUGUGUUGCCGCGCCACGCCGCUGCAGAAAGCAUACAUCGUCAAAGCAGUGAAAGAAGAGCUAAGCGUAAGGACUCUUGCGAUCGGCGACGGCGCCAACGACGUCUCCAUGAUACAAACAGCCGAUGUAGGAAUCGGAUUGUCCGGGCAAGAAGGCAUGCAAGCAGUGAUGGCUUCAGACUUCGCGCUGUCGAGGUUCAAGUACAUAGAGCGAAUGCUGUUAGUGCACGGUCAUUGGUGCUACGACCGCCUGGCCAGGAUGAUCAUCUACUUCUUCUUGAAGAAUGCCACAUUUGUGUUCCUGGUGUUCUGGUACCAGUUCUACUGUGGCUUUUCGGCCAACGUGAUGAUAGACCAGAUGCACCUCAUGCUGUACAACCUCAUGUUCACCGCCUGGCCGCCGAUCGUUAUUGGCGCUUACGACCGCGUGGCGCCCGCGUCGCUGCUCAUCGAGCGCCCGGGACUCUACAGCGCCUCCCGCCGCGGCCUCACCUACCAGAACCACUCCUUCUGGGUGACGCUGGCCGAGUGCAUUUACAUCAGCCUCGUGAUCUUCUUCACCGCGGCCCUCGCGUACAGAGACACUGACGCGGACAUGUGGCACUUUGGUACCUGUACUAUGACUGCGUGUCUCACUAUCAUGCUGCUGUUUGUCGCUGUCGAGACCAGGAGUUGGACGAUAAUCCACGUGGUGGCGCUGACCGGGUCGCUGCUAUCCUUCUUCGUGAUGACCCUCAUCUUCCAGAACUUAUGUGUGGUGUGCUUCAACAUGCCCUCGACCUUCAGGGUGCUGCUGCACGCGAUGCAGGACCCCAUCUACUGGCUCGUGGUCAUCCUCUCCACUGUCCUGGCGCUCGCGCCGAGAUUGGCGUCGCACGCGAUCCGCAACUCUGUGCGGCCGGGGUCGCUGGGCCGCGCGGUGAUCUCGCGCAAGCGCCGCAAGCGGCGGCUGCCCUACUCCGCGCACUACCGCACUGAGCCCGGCGCCGCACACGUCUACAGAUCCACGGACGAGGACGGUCUGCAGAAGCCAGUGCCUGAGGUGGCCGCCAUCACGUGACCGCUGCUACCUCCACUCGUAUGUUUAACUAGGCUGUGAUCUGUCAUACAACUAUAUACUAUUAUGUGCUUUGUACCACUAGAGGGACCAACGACCCGCCGCGGUCACUGACCUGAAUAAUUGUAAGUCUGCGAUCUACUAGAUCGCGCCAUUCCGUAUGUCGGAUGUUUGAAUUAUUUAAUAAUUUAUUUACGUUCAAUAUAUCUUAGUUUGAAACGUAGGGAUGCCCUACAAGUGUUCAUAGCGACGUGAAACGUGACUUUUUAUAUCAGUGAGAUGAUUGUGCAAUGUGACUGGUGAAAAUUUUAUAAUCUGACCACGACUCAGAUUUGGGCCAAGUAUGUUGAUGUUACGAGAAUAUUUAAGGCAAAUUCUCAUUAACAAUAUUCUCGUAAAUUUUUGUCUUUUUUAAAAAGUAUUAUAAUUUAGACAUUACUACUCAGAAAUAAAUAUGGCGGAUUCCGUAUCGAUUUAUUGAUCGAAGUUGAGAAUAGGUAUUAUUUAAAUGUACCGUCUGUUUUUCCCGUUAAAUCGUUCCGCUUUCUUUUAAUCGAAUCUAGUCUUUUGGGUUUAGGACGCGACCUACGGAGUAUUUAGGUCUGGCGACGCAUCGAUGUUGUGUAAGUCUAAUCAGUAUUUUAGUCAACGCGAGUAGAUUUCCAGAAGUUUCUAUAUGGUCUUUUCAUCCGAAGCCUCAUGAUAUCAUCAAUCAAUAAUAGACACUAUAAAUAAAUAAUAUACAGCUGAAUUUAGCGUGAUCCAAUAUGACAAUUCUAUUGUAUGAUAUCGUGUACGCUUUGGAAGAGGGCCAAUGUCAAUCGAAUACUGAGUAUUAAAAUUAAGAAUUUAAGCUUACUUUUUUAUCUCCCUGUUGACUAGUAUUCCAAUUAUUUUCAUCAUCGUUCAAUGUGAAGAGGCAAAUAAUAUAUAAAUAAUUAAAUUUACAUUUAUAGUAAUAACGAAAUAGAGAUUAGUUUUCGUUCUGUUAACAUAAUUCCACUUCUAUAUACUUGUGUGUGUCUGUGAGUUUCCAAUGAAAAGUGAAAUAGCUGAAUUAAAUUAAUUUUCGACCAAUUAAGAUUAUUUUCAAAUGCAUGUGUCGUGUUAGUAACUGAGUAAUUAUUUUGUACUUAUUUCAAUUUAACGACACUAAAUUAAGAUUGUGUAUCUGUGUACGUUGGGAUACCUUUAUAUUAAUUCAGGAAUCAAACGACAAAUAAUCAUUAAAUAAAAAUAAAGUAUUCUAUUAAAAAAAACUAUUGAAAUUUACGUUAUUAAAACAUUAUAGCCUGAAUUAAUUAGUGGUGUGCCAACAGUGUACAAAUAUACCUAGAGUAUGUAGACUGUGUGAUGUGUUGGCUUCCUUCUAUCGUGUAAUGUAGUAGUAAUAUAACGACCUGCCUUGCCCGAGACUGCGUGAGCGGACACCGGCGGACACGGGACUCGCCCGAGCAUCGAAUAUCAUUGAAGACUCAAUCGCUGCGAUUUUUUAAAUUUAAAAUACGCCUUAUGCCCCAAGACGCCCCAAUUUUUUAAAUACUAGAAUUCCUAACACCGUUUUUCAGUGAGAUUACCACGAGUUUUUGCUACGACGAAAUCGUGUCGACUAAGUCAAAAAUUAUAUGGCAAAUUAAGUUAUACGUGCAAUAGAGCUUUCUUUUUCAUUUGAAUUUUAUCGAUCGCGAUCCGAUUACAGGCGUGAGCUUUUUUCCCACGGAAACGAGUAAUAGUAUAGCAGCACUAGCUGAAGCGAAGGGUCGAUUGUAUGUAUAUAAAGACCCUGAAAUCAAACUCCCGAGUCCAAAAGUAGAAGUUUUUAUAGUCUUAUCGAAGCAUUCUACUAAAAUGUUAUUCAGUAGUAUUGCAAUUGUCGUUUAGAAUUUGCAGCCAACUAGAUAAGAAAGAACUGCAUUGUAUUAGCAACGCUACUAUUGUUUUAGCAUAAAUCAUGUGCAGUCCAUACCAAGCAUUAAGAUAUGCCAGUAAUUAUUAUUAUAGUAUUAUUUAUCGUCCUCAUUAGUUAUCGUUUUCCUGCGAUAACUAUUGGCGUUUUAUGAAGUUUUUUCUUUCUUACUGAUUUGUUUUACUUGUAGUAUUGCGAUUUCGAAUACUAUUUGUAUUGUAUUAUAUUUUUUAGAUCCUUUCAAUAAAGGAAAUUCGCAGAAAUUUCGAUUAAGCUCUGAAGUAUAUAUAUCAUAAUGAAUAUAUAAAUAUAUUGUAUAGGUAGUUUGACAUAGCUGUAGGAGCGGUGAUUGCUCGUAACCCGAAGUGCCUUGUUUGUCCGCGGGCGAAGUCGCGUGUCCAACAAAUGUCUGCCUCACCUAAUGAUUCCUAAAAGAUUUUACUAUUUUACUAUUGUUUGUACAUAAAUACAAAUUAUAUAUUUCUAUAUAGACGAUGAUGUUAUAUGUACAGUAGCAUAUUUUCGUAUAAAACAAAUCUUUGUGUAAAUAAUUUGUAUGUUCUAAGACUGUUGUUCAUUUUAGAGCUUUUAAUUUGUUCAGUUAUUUUAAAUUUAUAGGUUAUUGUGAUAUAACAUGUAUUUUCCAGUCAUUUUAUCUAUGCUGGCAUCUGGCGGAUCAUGUAAAUCUUUUAAAUUUCUUGCCAUAUUUGAAUUGGGACUUAGUGAUUAACAAUUUUAGUACAAUGUUUUAUUUUUAAGCUGUAUUUAUAGAUGUCCUCAUUCUGUUGCUUUUGUUAUUUGAGGUUACACAGAAUCAGGAGUUUUUCAACGAUAUAUUUGAUCAUGUGGCCACUUAAACAUGUACAACAAUUUUCGAUUUAUUCACAUGAAAAGAUAAAACUAUGUUCAUUUAAUCAGUAUCCACCUUAUUCACAUACUUUUUCUCAUUGUCAGUACAUAAAAGGCACAGACCAAUUUAAUUUUAAACAAUUCGUUGUAGUAAUUUUUGCCAACACUUUUUGCUACAUGACGAUCGAAACACGUUCUUUGGAGUGAGCGAGGAGGCACUAUUUGGUCUCGCGUGCAGUGAAUCUAAAGUUUGGAUUUCCUUUUGAAGUGAUUGAUAUAGAAUUAUUUACUGAAUAUAUUGUAUAAUUGUUAACUAUAUUUCGAUUAAGGAAUAUUACGCAAUGUUCAACACAGAUGGCAGCACUAACACAUGCGGUAUACAAACCACUCGUUGCUGUGGUUCACUUGUCAAUAUAAUUUUUCACGCUUUGGAAGGCUGUCAAUGCCAGAAUACGCUUUUUCACGUAGACUAAGAAAACUAUGGAUUUCGUCGUGUCUUUUAUUUCGCUCAUGCAAGUGAAAUGCUUAUUAAAAUUACACGAAAAGAAACAAGAACAGAAUAUAUUUUCCGACUUUAUAACGCUCAAUCUGUCACUUUGUGCAUGAUGUGCCAGGAAGUUGUAAAGGUUAUAUCUCACUUGACUACGGUAGAUCGUAGUCUUUCGUUUUAUCUAUGCUUUUACAUUUUAAUCUAGUGCUGCACUCUGGCGUGACAACAUUGCAGUAAUAUUCCCUACUGUCAGUGAAUAUAGCCGUGACACAACUCCGUUACAUCUCAGCUGUUGGCGGAAACAAAGCUGACGAUGACUUUUAGUAAACAUAUGUUUGUACUAAAAUAUGCAUUUAUGUUUUGUGAUAUUGCGCUUGUUCUACACUUGACAAGUCCGGACUCGGACACAGCAAUGACUAGAAAAUACAUUACCAUAAAUAUUACGUGUUGUUUUAUAAUAAUAACAAAAUAUUAAAUUUUA